AGACGAUUUGGUGGUGUACAAAAGGAAGGGCCAAGGCAGCAAGCAGCUGCAAUGAGAAAAUCGCUGCUUCGUGUGUGCGUCCUGAUUCCGUUUUGAAAGCUGCGUCGUUUCUGUGCAAAUCAGUUUACCACGCUAAGAAAACUCUGACAGCCCACACCCCCUUCUUCGGAACUGGGAGUUUUAAAUCGGGCUCUUUUCAGCGUUUUCGUAAUUCUCUCUCUAGAACAGGUCUCGCUUAGUGACGUUGCGCAAAAGGCGUGCCUCUGCGGCUCUACUGGCAGCGUAGCCGCCAUUUUGUUUGAUGUACGUUAGUGUACGCGAUCUGCUUACCGCAACGUUUGUUCACCUUAGAGGGUCCGAAGCUGAGAAUAGAAAUAGAACGGUAAUGUCGGCUUUCUCAGAGUCGGCACUGGAGCGAAAAUUGUCGGAGCUAAGCAAUUCUCAGCAAAGUGUCCAGACGCUGAGUCUGUGGCUCAUCCACCACCGAAAACACUCGCCGCUCAUUGUCACCGUCUGGGAGCGCGAACUGCGCAAAGCCAAACCAAACAGGAAGCUAACUUUUUUGUAUCUGGCUAAUGAUGUUAUUCAAAAUAGCAAAAGAAAAGGGCCGGAGUUUACAAAAGAUUUUGCACCUGUCAUAGUGGAGGCUUUUAAACACGUAUCCAGUGAAACUGAUGAUAGUUGCAAGAAGCACCUAGGCCGUGUGCUCUCUAUUUGGGAAGAGAGGUCUGUUUAUGAAAAUGAUGUAUUGGAACAACUUAGGCAAGCUUUGUAUGGUAACCCAAGGAAACGCACAUAUGAACAGAUAAAGAUUGAAGAUAACUGCUCAACACAAAGCUCUCCAUGUGAUCCUCCCCAGACGGUGGAUCUUAUAAGAGCAUUACAAGAAUUAGAAAAUGCAGCCACUGGAGAUGCAGCAGUUCAUCAGAGGAUAGCCUCAAUACCUCUAGAGGUUCAAGAUGCAACUUUGCUUAACAGAAUCACAGAUAAAGAAUCAGGAGAACAGCUUUCCAAGAUGGUUGAUGAUGCAUGUAUGUUGCUGGCGGAUUACAAUGGCAGGUUGGCAGCUGAAAUAGAUGAUAGAAAACAACUAAAUCGGAUGUUGUCGGAUUUCUUACGAUGCCAAAAAGAAGUCCUGUCAGAGAAAGAACAAACAUUGGAAGAAUACAAGCGCAAAUUAACAGGUGUGUCCCAGGUACGGAAAGAACUCAAGUCACGCAUCCAGAGCCUCCCUGAUCUGUCAAGACUCCCCAAUGUCACAGGAAGUCAAGUGCAUCUACCGUUUGCAGGGGAUGUCUAUAGUGAUGAUUGAUACUCAGAUCUUUCACUGGAGUGAGGAAUUGGUCAGGUUGAUUGAUAAUUAUUUUUGUAUGUUUGUUGAAAUAGCACUGAAGUGUUCUAAUUUAUAAGAAAUGUUGAAUGUUGCUUUGUUUAAUAUUUGAUUAACAAGUGGUAAAGCAGGUACUAUGGUAAGAGGCAGCAUUUGUGUAUUAUGUUAAAAAAGUGAUUAUUGCAAUUAAUUUUUGUAUACUUUUGGACUAAAUCUUGCCCCCAAUAGAAAACAGCUUCUUUUUUUUCUUGUGCUUUUUAUGGAUAUAGUUCUGUUAAAUUAAACAAAAUAUGUGUACUCAAGUAGCAGAAACUUAUAUUUUGAUUGCUAAAUAUUUGAAGAACAAUUAUUUUUUUUAAAUGUUGAAUACAAAUCAUAUUAAAAACAGACAUUGAAAGACCAACAAUGAUCUUACUUAAGUAAAUUAAAAAUGUGAUAUGAUUUAGCAUUUCAAACCAUCAGUAAUAUUUAAGAUACAUUUUCUGUAUUGACUGUAGCAAUAAGACUGUAUUGCUUAUACAAGAUUUCUGUUCUAUAUUUAUGCCCAAGUAGGCAAACCUAGAAAACAUCCAGGAUAAUCUUUUUUGAACAUCAUUCACUUCCCAUAACUGGGAGUGGUUAUAUAGAAAUAAUUUUUAAAAAAUCCUAAAAUACUAGUGAAAUUCUAAUUCAGAAGAAAGUCCCACUAUCUUCAGUGGAGUUUACUUCCAGGUAAGUGUGUGAAAAAUAUCAUUGUAGUGUGCUGGAUUCAUUGACCAAAGAGUUGUGUUGCUCUGGGAUAUCUCAGUUGCUUCCAUGUUACUUGCAGAAAGGCAUUCGCAUUCCCAAAGUUUUAAUAUGAGAAAAGUUUAUUCUUGACUAGUCGUGAGCUAGACAAAUACAUGCUCAUCUACCCCUUAUAUCUCAACAUGUUUGCCCCGAUGUCUAUAUGGACAAUCUCAAAUGAAGAAAUUAUUUGUAUACGGAAACAUACAUGUACAUGUACAAUGUAAAUUACCUAAAUAACACUCUUCCCCUUGCUGGCAUAUUUUUAGAUUUUGCCCAUAGCAUUGUUUAAUGGAAAUACAUUAAAUGCUACUAGAAGAACACAUUAUUACAUAUCAAACAUGUUAAUUUUUACUAUGGCUACUUAAAUAUAUGAAAGUAGAAUUCCUGAGAUAAAAAUAUUGAUGACUCUGUUACGCAGACCAUUUUGGUGCACAUUUAGUGUCCCGAUCUGUCACUUCUUUCUAUAGUAAACAAUUGGUUCAUGCAAUAAGUAUUGGAUGUUUACCAUAUUUGCAUUAUGUAGUAAUUGUUUUAUGUGUUCAUACGCUGUUUUGCAAAUUUUAGGCAUGGUCCAAUCAAGCCUAGUGAAAUCCAAUUUAUUUAGUGGAAAUAAUUAAAUAUUUGUUUAAAUCUUGUCAGUAAAAUAGGUAACACAUUAAAAUUCUUAACUUUUGCA